GGUUGCGGAAUGCUUGCGUUUGAAGCAGCAAGUUUUUUUCCACUUUCAAGUGCUCCCUGAUGGUAAACGGAGUUAUUCGCUAUACAUGUUUAGGUAGCUAAUAUGAAGUUAACCAAUUUCCUCCUAAGUACAGCGUGUUAUUCAUGAGAAACAAAUCUUAAUUGACCUACUAGCUGCAUUUCUGUGGGACACCCACGAAUAGAUUUGUUGCUUGGUUGAAAUGCCUCGGACGGUCGGCGGAAGAGACGGCUCGGCUGAUGUGAUCCUCGUGCAGCGGCUCGCUGCUGUCGUGUUGUUGCUGUCGCUCGGGGUCCACGGCAUCGCAGAGGAACCGCAACCAGUCCAACACUCUCAGCAAGAGGUGAGUCAGAAUCCGAUGAGGAAGAGCAUGGCUGAGGAAGGGGAGCAGAAGCACGUCUAGUGGAUUUUGCUUUCUUUGGCUCAGAGGUGGGGGUAGUUGUUGAUGGCCGUGGGGGAGGUGGGGGGGCUGACGCUGGAGCAGGAGCAGUGGAUGAAGGUGGCUCAUAAUCAGCUCAUCAUCAUCGCUGUGGAACCCAAGAAGAAGAAAGAAAAGAACGUAACUUCAAACAGACAAAAGGCACUAAGUCCCCAUCCUAUAGUUCCAGUAAGGGGAGAUGAUCCUACCAAGGGCAACCUGGGAUUCAUUCAUGCCUUUGUGGCAUCCUUCUCUGUCAUCAUCGUGUCUGAACUGGGCGACAAGACAUUUUUCAUCGCAGCUAUCAUGGCCAUGCGUUAUAACCGGCUGACUGUGCUAGUGGGGGCCAUGCUGGCAUUGGGCGUCAUGACCUGCCUCUCAGUGCUGUUUGGCUACGCUACCACCGUCAUCCCAAGGAUCUACACAUACUACGUGUCCACAGCUCUGUUUGCCAUAUUUGGCAUACGGAUGCUCCGAGAGGGGCUGAAGAUGAGUCCGGAUGAAGGCCAGGAGGAGCUGGAAGAGGUGCAGGCAGAGAUCAAGAAGAAAGAUGAAGAGCUCCAGCGGGCCAAGCUAGCCAACGGUGUAGCGGACGUCGAGGCCGGCUCCGGAAAUGCCCAGCCCCAGAGGAAGUGGCAAAGCUUCAUUUCGCCCAUCUUCCUGCAGGCACUCACCCUUACCUUCGUGGCCGAGUGGGGUGACAGGUCCCAGCUGACCACCAUCAUCCUGGCUGCCCGGGAGGAUCCAUUUGGAGUAGCAGUAGGUGGGACAAUUGGACACUGCCUCUGCACAGGAUUAGCUGUCAUCGGAGGAAGAAUGAUUGCCCAGAAGAUUUCUGUCAGAACAGUAACCAUCAUUGGAGGAAUAGUUUUCCUGGCCUUUGCUUUCUCCGCCCUUUUCAUCAAACCAGAUGCUGUUUGAUUCAAAGCAGGAUUACCCCGCUCAUUUGUACAUAAUUGUAAAGUUCCAGUUGGUAAAUCAAAGGUGUAUCUUUGCCUAUGUAUAUGUGUACAUGAAGGUGUGACUAAUGGAACUGCAUUUUUUGUUUUGUGAGAGACUUUCUAGUAGUUUCCUCUCUAGUUUUACAUACCUCUGUCUCACGGUCAUGGUCUCCUUCGCCUUCUAUUUAAUGUUGGCAUAUCCAUUUUACCUGCGCCAUGUGAAGUGUCCACUUUUUCUCUUUCUUUCUUUUGUCCUUUCAUGUUUUGUCGAAGGUGAACCUCUGCUAAAAUACCAUACCUUUUUUUUAGGAUACAAUCAUCACUUUAUCCAUGCUACAGUUAAGCAAUGCCUGUUUGGUCAUGUCUGAGAUGAAUGAUGAAUUCAACAUAUAUAAUCUGGCUGUAAAGGUUUCAGUAAUGUUAUUCACAUACAAAUCAACCAAUGAAAUUACAUACUUUUGAGAACUACAAUUAAGGCAGCUUCAAAGGUAGAGCUGGGCACCAUUUAUUAAAAACAGUUUUUGUAUUUAUGUUCUUUAAAUGGUAAACUACUUUUUUAUUUUUUCCUUUUUAAAUGUAUGUACUGUAGUUCAGGAAGAGGUGAUGACGGAAUGAAUGAUGUCACCAUUGGCAGCAAUUCUUCUUUUGUCAAUAUUUGACAGGUUGCUUCAAGCUGUGAAAUGCGUCAAAUUAAUUUUAGUGACAGUUGUACAAAACACGAUACUUAAGGAAAUAUUUUGGGUUACAAAAACCCCUCCACCUCAAACCCCCAAAAACUAUUUCUGUAUUUUUUUUGUGCAAUUAAAAAAACAAACAAAUUAAAACAG